AUGACCCCUCCCAUCCAAAUCCCAACUCCCAAUUUCACCCUCGAAUCUUUCCCUCUCCCCUCCACAAACCAACGCAUCCUCGGUCCCCCACAUCCUCCCAACACCACAAUUCCACUCCCUCUCCGCCCAAACCCCACCGCAAACCCCCUCCCCCUGGACACUAUCAUCCAAGACAUUCAAACCCUCCAACGCUCCGACCACCUCUUCACCAAAUACCUCUCUCGCCACGGCGCCCUCCUCUUCCGCGGUCUCCCCAUUCACAACGCCUCCGACUUCAGCAAAUUCGCCCACGCCUUCGGCUACCGACCCCACGAGAUCAUCGGCAUCGUAGUCAACCGCCCCCUCCUCGCCCCAAACGUCGCGCCCGCCAACGAAUCCCCCAAGGAAAUCCUCAUCUAUAACCACAAUGAAUCCCCGCAGGUGCCGCACGCCCCGGAAUAUAUCUUCUUUUACGGCCAUCGCGCACUGGACAGGGGCAGGGGCGGGGAAACGCCUAUCUCGUCGUCGCUGGAACUCUUCCAGCGCGUGCAACGCGAUCUCCCAGCUUUCGUUGCCGAUCUUGCUGAAAAAGGGAUCCUGAGUACGGUGACUUACACGAUCGACGCGCCGUAUAAGGGCGGCGCGACGCUGAGGCAGGCAUUCGGGAAACAUAUCCUCGAUAGUGACGAUGCAGAGACUCGGCGGGCAAAGAUCGAGGCGCAGAUCGCGCGGUAUGGACGCGGGAAGUAUACGACUUUUGAAUGGACAGGACAGGAGCAGGAGCAGGAGCAGGAUACUCUGGUCCUGACGCAUCGAUUACCGGCCAUCCGGACACAGGUAGGGACGAACUUGCCGUCGCUAUUCACCGGGUUAGCGGCGUAUUACCGGAAUAAGAAGGUCAAUGGACGGGGCAAUGCGGCGCAGCAGAGGUAUGGUGAUGGGACGGCUAUUCCGGAGGAGUAUCUGGAGCGGUUGGCGGAGAUUACGGAUGAUAUUCGCGUGUUGCAUACGUGGGAGGAAGGCGAUGUGUUGGUGUUUGAUAAUGUGAUUGCGCAGCAUGGGAGGGAGCCGUGGAAGGGGGAGCAGAAGGAUCGAGUGGUUAUGGCGAGUUUGUUUGAUGGGGAGGUGCCGGGGGCGUAUGGAUUCGGGGAGUGGGCGAAAGUGGUCCAGGCUUUGGAUGAUGUUGAGUACGAAGAAUAG